AUGGAGUCCUUCGUCAUCAAGACCCCCUGCUCCAGUGCCAACAUUGGCCCGGGCUUCGACGUCAUCGGUCUCGCUCUGUCUGUCUAUCUCGAGCUCCAUGUCACCAUCGACCGCUCCAAGACCACCUCCGACCAACCCCUCAACUGCCGCAUCACAUACGAAGGCGAGGGCGAGGGCGAAAUCGACCUCGAUCCCCAAGUGAACCUCAUCACUCGUGUUGCUCUCUAUGUCUUGAGGUGCCAUGAGCAGAGGUUCUUCCCCUCCGAGACCCAUGUCCACAUCAAGAACCCUAUCCCUCUUGGCCGAGGCCUGGGUAGCUCAGGAGCAGCUGUUGUUGCUGGUGUGAUGCUGGGCAAGGAAGUUGGCGGCCUGUCCCAUCUGACCGAAGACCGACUCUUCGAUUACUGUCUGAUGAUUGAACGUCACCCAGACAAUGUCGGAGCAGCAUUAUUUGGUGGAUUCGUCGGCACAUACCUGAAGCCUCUCACGCCUGAGGAUGUUGCUAGAGUAGAGAUUCCUCUGAGCGAGGUCCUGCCUGCCCCUGCUGGUGGUGUUGACACGGGAGAGAGGCCACCUGACCCACCUCACGGCAUCGGCCACCACAUCAAGUUCCCCUGGACCACGGAAAUCAAGGCCAUCGCAAUCAUUCCCGACUUCACUGUUGCUACUCACAAGGCACGCGAAGUUCUCCCUGCGGCGUAUUCUAGACCUGAUGUGGUCUUCAACUUGCAACGAAUUGCGCUUCUUCCCGUUGCUCUGGGUCAGUCCCCCCCUGACCCUGAACUGAUUCACCUGGCCAUGCAGGACAAGGUACAUCAGCCUUACCGCCAAACUUUGAUCCCCGGUCUCAAUGAGAUUGUGGAAUCAAUGUCCCCCAAGACCGACGAUGGUUUCCUCGGGGUGUGUCUUUCAGGAGCCGGCCCAACCAUUCUGGCACUUGCCACACACAAUUUCGAGGGGAUUGCCGGUAAGAUUGUCGACAAGCUGAGACAAUUCAACGAGAACAAGGACCUCAAGUGCACCUGGAAGGUACUGGAACCUGCUGAGGGCACCAAGGUGAUUCGAUGA